AUGGAGAGAUCAUCAUCAUCAUCUGAUAUGGUCGAAAGUGUUGAUUGGAUCAGCAAACUCCCAGAUGAUGUUUUGCUGAUGUUCUUAUCGAGGCUGUCCACAGAAGAAGCCAUAAGGACAAGUGUUGUGUCGAGACGAUGGGAACAUGUGUGGAAGCACAUGACUCAUCUAGUCUUGGACAUGCGAAAGAAGAAGAUUAUGGAAUCCAACAAUGAGCUCGAUUUCUCGAAUCGGGUUGCUACAUUGAUGACCAAGGUUAUCAACAACCACCGUGGACAUCUAGAGAGCUGCGUGAUCGACCAUUACACAAAGGGGAUGCUGAAUACUUGGACUCAAUCACUCACCAGUGUAAAGCAGACCAAGCAUCUCACCCUUAGACACCAUAAUGAUCUACGGAUCAAACAAAACUUCAUGGACUUUCUCACAAACUCAUUCUCAUAUCCAGGCCUCACAUCACUCUCGCUGUCUUCAUACUUUCUCACAACCCCGCGUUCCUUCGACAGAUGCCAAAAUCUCAAGACCCUCAAAUUCACAGAUAUGCUCUCAAUCGAUGUCGGAGUCUUUAACAAAGUCAUCGCAUCUUGCCCUUCCUUGGAGGUGCUUGUACUAAACAUCAAUUGCCUCAGAGAAGGUGGUCCUUUGAGGAUUGAAAACAAAAGAUUAAAGCUCUUGAACAUGUCAUUUUGCUUUGAGGUUAAUGGCAUUGUAGUGUCAUCUCCUAGUUUGCAAUUUCUCGCUAUGGAUAAAAUCAUGUCCUGUCAGAGAGAUGGCUUUGUCCUCACGUCACCUCGACUCCAGUUUAAUAGAAACUUUUGGCUUACAAACACAUUCCAUCCUCACAUCAGCUACGACAUAUCACAGGAGGAAAACUGCUCUGUGCAUGAAGAAUUUGUGGUUAACACAUGUGGUGGGUUGUUGAGAGCAUCCUUGGCUGCAUCCUUGUCAGUGAGUGUUGAUUUAGUGAAUCCAAGACAAGUUGAGAGAUUAAGACAAGUCUUACUUCUAUGGACACGUAAAAUAAAAGAGCUUGAGAUCUUAUUUAAGAAUAACAAUGCUCAUAGAGAAGAAGAAGAUGAGUACUCAUCACAGAAGAAGUUGUGGGAGGAUAAUAAUAACGAAGAUCCGUUCCCCAAUGCUGAGUUUCGUGUGGAUACUGUGUGGAUGCAUAACUUCAGCGGUUCAUAUGAAGAAUUUGCUUUAGCAUCACGUUUGAUUAGGCAAGGGACAGUGGUAAAGCAGAUGAUGAUCAAGACGACGUCCUUUCCUGCAUGGAACAAGUUGGAGAUUGAAAUGGCAGUGGCCAAACUACAAGCACUUCAAACGAAAGAUCAAUCGAAGCUUACCAUCGAGUGUUUCUGA